AUGAAUUAAGAACCAGAAAUUUCACGAUACCAUCCUCUUCCACUCUUCGGGUCUUUACCUUUUCUUUUUUUACCCUCUAGUUUUUAGUCCUUUUAUGUUAGUUCAGUUUACUACUAAUCAUUAUCUUUGAAAUGGCUGCAAGCUGUAAAUACAUUUUCGUCUGUAUCGCCUUUUCCGGACUGUUGUGGGACUCGGCGACGUGUCGUAGCUCUCGAAAAUUAUAUUCUAAUACAUGGGUCGUCCAAGUCGACGGGGGCCAAGAAGAAGCAGAGAGAAUUGCUGCAGAGAAGGAUUUCAUACUUUUAGGACAGGUAAAGAAGAAAAUUAUUGAUAUCAUUCCUUGAGAUUUUUAUCGCGUAUGGAAUAACAUCCCUCGCUCUACGCGACCGUUCGAUCGUUUGCAGGGCAAUUCAACUGAUUAUUCUCUUAUUGUUUCCUGGUAACGGGAGUUUUGCUUGAUCUAAAAAGAUGUUGUUUACUCUUGAGGUUGGAAGUUUGGAAGGAUUUUACAUGUUCAAGCAUAAGUCACAUCCUAGGCGAUCGAGACGCGAUGCAGUGGAUCUAACCUGGGAUCUAUCCGAUCAUCCAAAUGUGAGUAGUAACCUUUAGCAGCUUAUGAACUUACUGUAUUGCGUGUUUGUAUACGAUGAAAGCUUCCAUGAAACGGAAUUCAUGUGCAUUUUAGGUCGUUUGGGUAGACCAACAGAUUGUUAAAAGACGCGUAAAGAGAGAUUAUUCUCCGCAUUGGAACGACCCUGACUUUGGGAAGCAGUGGUUUCUUGUAAGUGUGAUAAUUUAGCAUAGCGGCAGUUUAUUUAGAGAUCUUUACAGCCAAAUCGCGAGGUUUAGUCUCGUUAUAAAUGAAGACAUCGACACAUUUUUAUAAUUAUUGGUCAUGUAAUGUCAAAGUCGAUCGUAAUAUAACGUUCCUGUGUAUUGGUGAUUUUCGCCGUAGAAGGGUAAAUAAACCCUUUUAAAAGCACCAGGUGGGCUCAUGAGGUAUUGGUUAACUAAAGGUUGCGAGUUUAUUGUAAAAACAUAGUGUUCAUCGUGUUAUUAAGAAACAGACGUUCCGGUAUUCCGAAAUAAAUUGUUACAUUAGUCAAGUAAGGAUCUUUUUAAACAUUGUUGUUCUUGGAAGGACUAUUGUUCAAUGCUAAGUUGUAAAUUAAUCAUUCAUUCAGAUAAUUAUCAUGUGUCGCCUCUCCGUUGCACAAUAUUUUUUAACGUUGUUAUCAUUCUUUCGGGCCAGUUUACAAUGUAUACGUUUUAUCAGUGAUGAUUCCUUGAUAAAUCGGAAAGAAAUUUGGAAUCUUUUCAAAUCUAAAUUGUUUGUUUAUUCAUUCAGCCGGUUUCAUCCAUUUUGUAUGUUGGAAGUCUCGUGUUAAGGGUGGGAGUAGGAGAUGGGAGGUGUGGGGGAGGGAAAGGGAGGGAAGGGGAGGGGGUUAUAAACAGCCAGGCCGCUUUGCUCUGGGUCACAGCUAUUCGUUUGAGCCUGCAAUAUACAUAGCAAGCAGCAUUAUUCUUAACAACAGAGUCAAAGUAAGGAAUCUAGCCAUUUAUUCAGUUACAUGACAAAAUAUUGCUCUUUUGAAGUUACAAUACUGAAAUUUUUUAUUGAUACUCCAUAUUUGCAGCAUAAUACAGACAGCAUAUUCAGAGGUUAUGACCACAAUGUUCUUCCAGUCUGGGAACAGGGUGUCACUGGAAAGAAUGUUGUUGUCUCUAUUCUAGAUGAUGGUAAGUCAUAAAAAGCAGAAACUGGUUACUUUGCUGCCAUUAUGUUAUCAGUGCUUGACUUUCAGGAAAAAAUGUUGGGGCCAGCUGACCUCAUUUUUUCAAUUUCAUUUUCAUUUUCAUUUUUCAUUUUUUCAUUUUCAGUUUUCAUUUUUGGUCACCUGAGAACAAGUAUUCUUGUCACCAAAAAUUAUAUUUAAGAACUAAUGGAAUACAAUAAACUUAACAUAUUUUACUUAGCCUUAACAGAAAAAGAGUGCUUUAGACUUAUUUUGAACUUUCUUUUGAACGGUUUUCGCUUGAGGCUCAAUUACUAGCUGGUGUUUGGGAAAAUGAACCCACACUCAAGCGUAAAUCUCCUCAAACAGGUAUUCAAGCAAUGGAACACACAUUUAAAUAAACAAACUUUAGGAAUCACAGAAAACUUAUUUGGCGUAUGAAAGAGCUAAAUCAGACCGCAAAAUUUGUUUUGCGUCCCAAAACAAAUAUUUUCAGGUUCAGGAAUGAACAUCAGUGAAACUUGAUCCAUUUCGCGGUUGCCUAUCAUUUGAUCGAAAGUCUCGAGAAAGAGGAAACGUCGCAAAUGUUUUCGGGCAAAGAAGUUGAUUUCUCGAGAAGUCUGUUAGACAAACAGCAUGAGUUCAAUGGUACUUCAUUAGAAACCAAUAAAGUAUGGCAGAGCUCUUAUUUGGGUCAUCAUACUCAACAGAAAUUUGCAUAAAGUUGUUUACAAGAAGUUCAAGAAAUAAGCGCUGUUCAUUUUAGAUUAGCUUAAGCUUUUAUCAAACUAAUCUGCUAUCGAGUCCGCAAUAAUUGAGAUACAUGAUGUUUGACAUAAAGAAAUAAUAAUAUUGUUUUAAAUCAAUGCGCUUAAAGUCAUUCCUGGAGAAACACAGGACGACCUGUUGAGAAUUGGGAUGAUUUGCCCGAAAGUUGAUAAGACUUCUGUCGAAUUCAUCACUUGUGAUUUUUCACAAUCCUCUUUCAAGUAAAAGUCAAAUGUUAGAUGGACCAACUGUUAGAUCACAUAAGAACAAUCUGUAGAGUGUUGGAAGAAAUCGUUGAAGCGUUUAGACAAACUGUUAGAGUGUUAGAAAAACUGUCAGCUACCAUUAGUUAUGUAAAGGAUAACAAAUUAUCAUUAGUACACUUUUUCCCAAAGAAGAAAGUCAUCUAUCUUGGGGGCCAGGUUGGCAACCAGGCAUGAAAAUUUAGUCGCCACUGAAUAAAAGCUGGUUGCAUUGGCGGCCCCACAGGUCACAACAUCGAGCCCUGGUUAUCCUCCUAGAUGUAUGCAUUAGCUUUGUUUAAUUAUCUCCUAGAUGAUACUUCUGCAAUUUUUUAUUGAUCUGUUCAUUCCUUUGAGUACAGAUUCAAAACAAAGUAUGAUUAUUUUAUUUCACAUUCCACAAGACAGAAUCCUUGUAAGAAUACAAGGCAUGCCAUUUUUUUCACACAUGCUCACAACAUCAAUUUCCUAAUAUUCAAAUGUUUUUUAAAUUUUUUUAUUCCUGUUUUAUAUGCCAACAAUUCUGGUUUUCAAGUUUUUCCUUUAUUUACAGUCCCGCUCAAAAGUAAGUUGACACUUGAAGCUCAAAACUCGAGACUCGAUCCUUGCCUCUCGAAGCUUGAACGCUUCAAGUUUCGAAAUGCAAGGAUCGAGUCUCGAGACGGGAGGAUCACGUUUCGGUGAUCAAGGAUCGAGGAUCCAAGAAGCUAGGUUUUCCGAAAAAGCGAUGUUGUACAGUCACGUAUAGGUGAUCCAACUUGAUUACCUAAACCUUCUGCAGCAAGUUUGCACCUACGUGCCUUCUUUCCUUCUGACAUCCCAAGCGUAUGCCUCUAGCAGCGCCCAAAGGCCCCUCACAACUUACUUUUUCUUGAUGGAAACUAGGAAAUCUUAGCUGUUCCAUAGAAAUCAUAUGCUGGACCCUGGAUUUCACGGGCUAUAAGAGCGCUUCAAUUUUUCUCACAGCAAAGCUUUUUUUAUUGGUUUGAUCUAGUAGUUAGUGUCUGCCAUAAUGAUAAGUAAAGAGUAAAGUGUAACAGCAUAAUUUGAAAAUCAAGAGCAUGAUGCUACAUGUAUAUCGUUUGUUUAUUUGUUUGUAGGUAUUGAAUAUACACACAAUGACUUAAAGGCAAACUAUGUAAGUUACUGAAUGUAGAUUAUUUCCAAAAAAUUAUUUUGCUUCCUCACAAAAAUGUCUAAAAGAUUAAAGGUGAUGUUACAUGGGACGAUUCACAACAACAAUUUUUAGUUUAACACGAUGUUGCAAUGUUGGAACAAUGUUGUACCUAUUCGAAACAAUGUUGCAAAGCUGUGCUGCGCUAAGAAUUGUCAUUGCGAAUUAUCUCGUGUAACAUUACCUUAAAACAGUCCAGCUUGAAUGACUUCUCCAGUUGGACUGGAUCAUUCCAUAUUCGAAACAAUAUUGCAACAAUGUUGCAAUGUUGUGUUGCGUUAAGAAUCGUCAUUGCGAAUCGUCUCGUGUAAGAUCACCUUAAAAUGGUCCAGCUUGAAUGACCUGUCCAGUUGGACUGGAUCAUUCCAUACAGUCUACAAUACUCGUCACAUAUCGUUAAAACAGAAGCCAUUUGUCUUGAAUUUUCUCACAAUUUCUUACAUGCACUCUCCACACCUUUGUUAUCACUCAAAUGUGCCCCUCUCCUUCCCCAAUGUUGAGCCACAUGUAUUUUGGAGCACUGAAGUGACUGCAAUCCCAAAUCAACACUGGGGAGGGGAAAAUCACACAAGUGUUUCAAGAUUUGUGACGAGUAUUGUAGCUUGUACCAAAAUUCCUGAAAAACCUCAAGUUGGUUGAGUGGAUGACACCCAACAAGCAGAGCUUGCUUUUGUCUUCUUCUUGAUUUGGGAGGAGAAAAAAGGGCUUUGCCUGAAUCGUCUUAAACUUAUAAAGGUGCCACAGCCCAAACUUGUGGACUCAGCGUGCAAAGAAAGUCAUGUCUGAUAGCCUGGGGCUAGUGGAUUUUGUUAUCGGGCUAGUGAAUUCUGUUCUUAAUUUGCCCAACAGGCAAGUGAUGUUUUUUGAGGAAUUCAAUUUGAAGAAGAACUGUGAAAUCAAUUAAUUAUUCGGCUCAUCAAAAAGCUUUGGGGGCUAGUUGAAAUGAUGUUUGGGCUAGUAAAUGCUAGCUUCAGCUUGCCCAAAUGGCAAGCUGUAAAAAUGAUUUUCUUUGCACCCUGGACUAGUCAAUAUCGUAUCCUCUCCUCUUCAAACAGCUUUUUUGAGUUAAGUGUGAGCAUCUGUAUAUUGAUAAAACGACGGUCAUUAUUGAGCCCACUGCACUAAGCACACGGCUUUUAGACCAGGGUUCAAAACUGUGUUCUAGUAACUUGAAGCGCAUGUUCAACUCUUCAAAGAUCUAACUUGAUUUACGCAGUGUUUGAUAAGUUCGCCAAAUUGGGCAAGUAAAAGAAAGACUCAGCUGGCAGCAGGGUGAUUCCAUAUCCACCUAAACUCUGUUAUACUGAAUAUACAUGAAAGUAUGUUUUUGCUUUCUUUCUUAACUCCUCCACCACCUACAAAUUAAAUGAAAAGUAGUGAGGUAUUUACUUUCCCGUAGUUGAAAAUACUACACUUUUUUUCUUUAUAUUUUUUUACUUUUUUAGGAUCCCAAAGCUAGUUAUGACUAUAAUAGUAAUGAUGCAGAUCCUGCCCCUAGACCAACCUGGAAUGAUGAAAACAGGUUUGUUUGCCAGCAUAAAAGAUUAGAAGAGUACUUUAAUGUUCUGUUUGUGAAAACAAUUAGCGAAAACAACAACAAUAAAAUACUAGACAUGCGCUUGAACUAUUUUGGUAUGGUUAGUUCAGUUUACAACUUAAAUUGACCUCUGGAAAAGAUGACAGGGAUCCUAAUUCUGUCCAUUCUGUGUAUCAGAAUGACACCAUGUAUUUAUCUCAGACUGAAUUAGACUACGCAGAUUUAAUAACCAUUAUGUAAUGGGUAUGUAACAGGUCAAAAUUAAAUUCAGGUUAAACCUUUUUAAACAAGGUUGAUUUUCAAUUUCCUUUGUCUCCUAGCCACCUAGGUUAAAAAAUUUUGACCUGUAACAGAUAUUCAGCGUAAAUUAAUGUUUUUGACAUGUUGGGUUGUAUUUUGCAGGCAUGGUACAAGGUGUGCAGGAGAGGUGGCAGCCACAGGAAACAACAGCCUCUGUGGAGUGGGAGUAGCACCUCAGGCUAAAGUUGGAGGUGUGUAUGUUAUUUGACAACUACAUGUAAUGAAUGACAGUCAAUCACACCUCUUGACUAUUAAAUACAGUCGCACCUCCACUAACAGUCACCUCUCCACAACGGCCACCCCUCUACAGUGGCCUCUUUAUUUUGUCCCAGCGGACAGUCCAUGCAUUUACUCUUAUUUAAAGCUCUCCUUAAUUGCCACAUCUCUACAAUGGCAGCAGCCACUAAUGCUUGUCCCCAACUGCCAAAAUAACUUCUCGACAACAGCCAGUUUUUUCAGUGACUGAUCAAAAAGUCAAGAAUGCUCAUGAAUUUUUUCGUGGCAAUUGUAUUUUGAUGUUGUUUAAUUUAUUUUGCUGCAGUAAGCAUAACUUGUCUAUGAUACUUCUAGUGAGUGUUGCGAACCUUGCACAUUGUGUCACGUUAACAUUUUGAUUCAAGACAUAAUUCAAGCUUUUUGUGUACUUAUCUCUACACAUUAUAUAUGAUUGGAUUACCAUGAUUAUGGGACACAGUAAGCAUAAAUUAACACAGCACAAAAAUUCAUGUUGUGCUCCCAAAGAAAAACUUUGUGAUAUAACACCCCUACCUCUCCACAGGGGCCACAUUCUUCUCUCCUCAAGCUGGCCGUUGUGGAGAGGUUCAACUGCAGAAAAAGACAAUCAAGUCUUCUUACUUUGGGACUUGAUACGAUGAUACAGUGUUUAAGUAUCAUUACAAUGUGUACAGGAAAGAUCAGAUCAGUAUGAGAUUUUAGGAAACUCCCCUCCCACCCCUCCCCUAAACCGACAUUUUUAAGAAGUUUGCAUGCUACAACUGUAAUGUUGAGUUAGGGUAGGGGUUGGCAGGCAGUUGCUCAGAGUCUUGACCCUUUCACAGCCAGAGUGUUUGAUAAAGGUUUGCAAGGUGACCCUAACUUUUGAGUCCGUGAACGAAAUCCUAUGGUGUGACCAUUCAAAUGAAAGCUCUUUGCCUGUACUUUCACAUGAUACUAUUUACUAAUUUAUUUCUCAAAAUUUUAGACAAUGAAAUUUGGUCGAAAUUUGCCUUUGGCCACAUUUGACAGUGAAAGGGUUAAACAUGUACUUAUAUAUCUGAGAGGUCUUAAAAAGGCUGCAUAGAAGACUAGUGUUCACUUUAAUUGAUAAAUUGAGCCCUUACUAAGUGUUACCAGUGGAAAGGUGUCCACCAUAGAGAGGUAGGAUAUGCUCAGUUGGUAGAGCACGUGGCAGCAGAGCAGGAGGUGGUGGGUUUGAUUCCUGUCGUGGACCAAUACUUGGGGUCUUAAAUCACUGAGAAAUGAAGGUAGUUCCUUCACCCUGCCAAAGGCUAGACUUUUGCUUAGCUCGGAUGACCAUGUGAAAGGGUGUUAGCAUCUAUAGCAGGAGACGUUAAAAUAGUGUCCUCAAUAAUUAGUAAUUUUUUAAUAAGUGCUAAAUUUAAUACAUUGACACCCAAAUAAAGUGCGUUUUUUAAUUUAUAGAAUGUUAAGCUAUCUUUUUCACUUAAAGAAAACUCUCAUCUAGUAAGGUAAUGAUAUUGACUGUCUUUCUUGGGAAGAGAGUAAGUCAGCUAUGACCAGCCAUCCCUCAAGAGGACGUGUCUUCCUGAUAGGGAUGAGGCUUUGCAAAGUGACCAGAGUUGACUAUAUUUUAUUGUUGUAUGUAUCUUCAGGUGUACGAAUGCUGGAUGGUGAUGUAACAGAUGCGGUAGAGGCAUCUUCAUUAAGUCUCAACCCUCAGCACAUAGAUUUAUACAGCUCAAGCUGGGGACCAGAUGAUGAUGGGCGGACUGUGGAUGGACCAGCUAAGUUGGCAAAGAAGGCAUUUGCUGAUGGCGUGCAAAUGGUAAAUUAUAAUUUUAGAAAUAAUAUUGUACUUAUUGGUAAUCAACAGUGCUUCAUUUGCUGGAGCAUGAAACCAAACAGUUUGUACAUGUAAAGGCAAUUUACUCCUCCAAAUUACCAAACCUGGUAAUCAACUGUAUUGUGUCGAUUGCUAGCAAUAAAACACUGUACAUGUUUCUUUAUUUGUGGCAAAUUGAAUGUUACUUAAUACCGUAAGUCCUCUAUUAAGCCCCCCCCCAGGGGGCUUAUCUAUUUCAAACACAUUUAAGGAGGGGCUUAAUAGAGACAGGGGGCUUAUUUGAGAGGGAACGGCAGGGGGAGGGAGCUUAUUUAAUUUGGCAAAGACAGUGGUAUCAGUUCUCCAUAAAGCACUGGAAUAAAAAGUGGAAAAGCUCAAGUACAAGAAGUUGGAGGUCGUGCAGCCAAGGAUCAAAAGCAAAUCUGAACUUCCAGUUGGUGAAUAAACCAUCCCGGAUCAGUCUACACGAAAUUUUUGCAGUUGUGAUUGAUUAAUACAGUCUAUCAUUUAUUAGUGAAGAAUAAUAAAGGGAGGGGAAGGCGGGGGGGGGGCUUAUUAACUUGCUUCCCCUGAAAAGAGAGGGCUUAUUAGAGAGGGGAGGCUUAAUAGAGGUUUUACAGUAUUACAUGUACUAGCAAUGUUGCUCCUUUCAAGAAAAUGAAAUUCAAUAAUUCAGUACAAUUCAUGUAAUAUAUAUUUUCUCUCUUGAUUUAGGGUCGUGGUGGAUUAGGCUCUAUUUAUGUGUGGGCUUCAGGUAAUGGUGGUAGAAGCCAGGACAGCUGCAGUUGUGAUGGUUACACAAACAGCAUUUAUACGCUCUCAAUUAGCUCAGCAACAGAACAUGGCACAUCACCAUGGUAUUCUGAAUACUGUGCAUCCACUCUGGCUACCACCUUUAGCAGUGGAAAUUUUGACAUGAGAAAAAUAGUAUGUAUCUUUUCCAUUUUUUUUUAGCCAAAUACCAGAGAAUAUGAUAACUAGCGUAAAUGUUUUUUGCAAUGAAUGACUGGAUUGGUAAGUGGUUGGUGUUUAUUGAUAGUGAAAGUGCACUUUUAGCUAGUUUACAGGCACUCCUCUCAGAUCUCCCUAAUAGUCACACGUAGUCAUAAUAUAGUUCAACUCCCCAACCAUUAGAAGGGAGCUAGUCAGCAACAGAUCCAGAGGGGAUGAGGUUCUAGGGGUUCCAUCCCCUCGCUCCCCUAAAUGAAUUAAUCAGACCAGAAACAGUCAUGAAAUUUGAUAGCUGAGUGCUUUGAUCUUGGGUUUAUUACCCUUGUUAAGGAUAACACAUUUACGAGAAAUCAUUAUGUUAUGACCAAAAAGCUAGUGGGGUGGAAAUGACUUGCUGUAAAAGGGUUGUUAAAAAGCAUGUUGAGCUCAAGUUUGGACUCCUCCAAUAAAGAAUUUCUGGCUCUUCCCCUGCCAGUUAGCCAUUUAUAAACUUAGCUGAGGAGUUUGAUGCAGGACUGCUGUAACACAACUCCGACUAAUAGUCAGGGCGGGACUUCUUAAACCAGGGCCUGCUGCCCAGACUGCAUUUGUGACACAGUGGACGCUUUUACCUUCUUUAUGAGAAACAAAGUUUACUUUGGCAAAAUUAGGAAAAGUGUAUGAUUAAUUUGUUUUAUCUUCAAAAGGUUACAACAGACCUACAUGGCCGAUGUACAGACUCACACACAGGUACAUCUGCCUCAGCUCCUCUGGCAGCAGGAAUAUUAGCGCUUGCAUUAGAAGUUAAGUGAGUAUCUGGGUAUAUUUCUUGGCCUAUUUUUUAUUUGUUUGAUUAGUGCACUGGAAAUCGUAGUAUAAGUGCGUUGUUAACUGCAGGUGGUUUUUGCCUAGUGGUGUGUAUUGUUUAGCAAGAAAUGAUGUUUAGAGUGGUGUAGUGACUGUACUAAUAUUAAUGUGCUUUGUUUUAUCAGUCUCCGGGGGGGGGAGGGGGCAGAGACCAUUUUGGAGUAAUAAAGCAGGCAUUACGGUUCACUGUUCCUCCACUUAUCAUACAUUUGCAAGCCAUCAUAUUAUUUUACAAACCAAAUAAAAAAACAUGGCAGUUGUCACUUGGUAUACCAUCCAAUACAGCAAAUAUUUUGUAUAAAAAUAACUUAUUUUGCUACUCUUUGAAGCUCCCAAAGUUUCUCUUGCGGUUCUUGCUGUUAAAACAGACUCCUUUGCAACCUCAGCUUUACAGAUAAUGUCUGUUCUCUGCUUAUGGUCAUCCAAUACCUUUAUUUGAUGUUUGGCAGUCAUCUUUUCUUCAUUCUUAGUUUCUUUCUUUUUUUCUUCUCUUUUUUGUUGGGGGUGGGGGGGGGGGGGGUGUUCUCUGAGUAUUCAUUCUUAGUUUCUUUCUUUUUUUCUUCUCUUUUUUGUUGGGGGUGGGGGGGGGGGGGGGGAUCUCCAUUAUUUUGGGAUACAAGGGAGUGGGGGCACCCAAAAAGAUUUCUAAUGAAGAGGCGGGUCAUCUUAUACUACGGGAGAUACUCAUCAAAUCCCACAACCCUCCCCUUGCCCAAAUGAACGGUCCCUAAAUUGGCUUUAAAUUUUUUACAGGUUUUUUAUUUUUGAAAAAUGUGAAAUCCAAUAUGUGGAUUCUUUUAGAGGAAUUAUACCAUCAUUGACAUGCACAUAAUUAUGUUAUUUGUUUAUAGCCGUAACUUAACCUGGAGGGAUAUGCAACAUUUGGUUGUACGUACCUCCACCACAGUACAUCUUCAGUCAGAUGACUUUAUUGUAAAUGCAGUUGGAAGAAAGGUCAGCCACAAGUUUGGUUAUGGUUUACUUGAUGCACUAGCACUUGUCAAUCUGGCAAGAAAAUGGAAAACUGUCCCACCACAGCACAUUUGCCGCGAGACACCAGAAGCACAACAGAAGUAAGUGUUAUUUUAAUUAAGAAUGUGCCAAUUAUUAUUUCAUCAAAAUGUUGAGACUCUCUAUGGGUUCCCGACGAAAAUGAACAGAAGUCGCGUCGAUCACUGUUGAUGGAACCACGAUCUUAGAGAUUCAAGCGACGAUCGCAUUGCAAGAAAUAAACUAUUAAACGUCUCUAUUAAACUGGCAAAAAAGUGUACGCGGUUGGUUUCGCUGCAUUGAUUGACCGGGUAGUUGUCGACAAUGUAACUCUGUAGUAACGAGCACUGAUUGGAGGAUCCAACUGGAACUGGAAUUGGAUUGCCAUUCCUAUCAAGUUUGACAACGAUAGUCGUGUGAUGACUGCAAAGAAAUCUGGCAAAAAUUGUGCUGCACGUUCAGAGUUUUUAAUCAUUAUUUUCUCGUUUCCGUCGUCAACUUCGUGGUAGCUCAAACUCGCUAUUAGCUCGCAAAACAAUUAUUCAGAUAUGAGACGAUUUCGUUGAAAAAUCGACAAUUUGACGGAAAACGCACAACGCAAACGAUGUUCUCAGGUACCCACAGAGAGCCGAGGCUCAGUGUUCACUUUGGUACCCACGUUUUGGCUUGAAAGUGUCCUUGAAAAGUCCGAUACUGUUCCACAGAAUUCACCUGCAGAUUUAACAACAGUAAAAGCCAUCCUAAAAGACUGUGUAGUAACCAAGAAGGAUUUCAUUUUAAUAAAAAACUCAAGCUUUAGAAAAACAGUUGAACCACUCUCUCCAAAGUGUGAAAACAAUCCAAGUUUUCCCUCAUGUCGUUGCCGAAUCAACAAGCUCUAAACAUUUGAGUAAAUUUGCCAGGUUACGGUGCUACCGUCUUUUUAUUUUAACACAGAUCUUAUAUUAGUACUUUUUAGGGCCCCUGUUGAUACACUGUAAGCAGUUUUUAUUUAAUUUUACAUUGAAAAAUACGGAAAGUGUAACCCUGUUGAAAUAAAGGUAUCUUUUAAUUGUCAACAAUUCGCGUUCCAGACCUAUCCCUGGUAAAGGCACUCUGAAGGUGACCGUUACAACAACAGGUUGUGAAGAUGACAGCCACCAUGUCAAAUACCUAGAACAUGUGCAGGCCGUCAUCACGCUGAGCUUUUCUCGCCGAGGUGACCUCAGCAUCAAACUAAUAUCCCCUCGUGGCACGGUAGCAAUUUUACUGGCUCAACGGAGACAAGACUACUCAAGCAGUGGUUUUACUGACUGGGAGUUCAUGUCAACUCACACCUGGGGUGAAGAUCCGAAGGGAACAUGGACGUUGGAAAUCGAGAACCACGGUAAAAUUUUGAAAUUACGAUCGUUUCGCUACAAAGUCAUUUUGCUUCAUAAUGAAGUCGUUUCGCUGCAUCAAAAAGUCGAUUCGCUGCAACCAACUUUUUGUAUUAAACAGUGUAAAACAAUUUAGAAUGAACUACUUAAUGGGCAAUAACGCAUUAAGUCAGCGAAACGACAUUGCAGCUUCGCAGCGAAUCGACUUCAUUAUGCUGCGAAACGGCUUGUAGCGAAACGACCAUACUCCGAAUUAUGGAUCUCUGUGAGUCUGUCAUGAUCAGUUUUGGGGAGCCAUGUUGGCGCAGUGUUGAGAGCACUUGCCUCCCACUAAUGUGGCCUGGGUUUGUAUCUCGGUGUUGACGCCAUAAUUCUGUCGGUUGAGUUUGUUGUUGGUUCUCUCCCUUACUCCGAGAGGUUUUUCUCCGGGUACUCCGGUUUUCCCAUCUCCUUAAAAACUAACACUUUCAAAUUCCAUUUCGAUCUGGAACGCACGAACACGUUUCAACGAGUUCUUAAGAGCUCCUAAGUGCUCCGUGGUUAAAUAAAUAAAUAUUACGAUAAUUAAUUAAUUUGAAGCAUUCAUUAGAAUACGGUUAAACUCUGUCAAAGAAAACUGUUCAGGGCACAAGGAAUUACAUAUUAAUUUUUAUAUAAUUAUGGAAAAAACUCGUUGGUCUAAUCGUUCAAAGCAUAUUUGUAUGUCCCGCAACAGAGAAAUUUUGCAAUAUUAUUGACAAUAACAAUUGUUUGAGAGAUUUAGCAUUAGUUUACGACAAACGGCGAAGCGUCAGAGUUAAGAUUACAAUCUAUUACAUUAGGAAAUGAUCAUCUAUCCAGGAAAUGAUCAGCUAUUCAAGAUAAUUCUUAUGGAAAAACAAUUGGCAUGAAGCUACUUAUUUUCAUGAAGAUACGAUGAACUGUAAACAACAAGUUCAUGUAAAGGGAAAACUUUGUCUGUGGUACAAAGUGGUAUUUGCCGUUUACUGUAAACAUGAUUCGAGAUCUCUCUUUUUAUGAGUUGUAGCGCCUAAGUGACCUCAGAUAAGCAAAAAUGGUAAGCAAAUGGUUAAAAGCCUGUCAGGCAAAAAUAUAGCAACAACUGAGGCAGACAACUUUCAAGUUCAGAUUUGGCAUUCAAGACCCCACAUAAAAAUAAUGGUGUUUCAAAAUCUUGUUUAUUUAUUAAUUUCAUUUAUUCCAAAGUAGAACAAUUACAAUAAUUAUCUCGCAGCAUCUGCUUGCAAAGAAAGUAAUGUCCGAUAGCAUAGGCCUAGUGAAUUCUGUUCUUAACUUGCCCGACGGGCAAGGGAAGUAUUUUGAGGAAUUCAACUUACAGAAGAACUGUGAAAUCAAUUCUACUCAUCAAAAAAUUUGGGAGGCUAGUUGAAUUGACGUUUGGGCUGGUAAAUGCUAGCUUCAGCUUGCCCGAAUGGCAAGCUGUCAGAAUGACUUUCUUUGCACCUUGCAUAUAUACACACACACAGACUACACACCUAAGCAAUCAUAAACACGCAAUUAUACAAUUUAUUUACUACACAGGAUCAGCUUAUUCAAAGCUAUGCCUAUCGUUAUUUUACAAGUGCAGGGGUAAUUUUCAAAAAGAAAAAAAGAAGAAACUAAAUAAAGUACUUACAAAGUCCACUUGUGUAAUCACUUUUGUAAAAGAAGAAAAUAAACAGAUUACCAGGUCCACUUGUCCAUUAGCUUUUGCAUAUAAACUCUUAUUCUUAGUGCAAAUAAAUUUUUCCAUUUCUUACUUACUGUUAACUCUAACUAUAAAACUGUCUGUCUGUCGGAAGUUUCAAAAUCUUGUUGGAAAUGUGGAAAGGAGACAUUAAAAGUUUUUAGGUACACGUAGUUCUCGAGAAGUUAUCCUGCAUUGUAUCACGUACACCUCCAUGUGUUCAUAUAAAUGAAAAUGGGAUUGUUUUUAAGGCUCUUCAAGUAGCAGUGGUGUUCUUAAAAACUGGUAUUUGGUAAUGUAUGGAACUGAAGAACCAGCUGUUUCCAGUGAUUCCAGUAAGGAACCAAUUCCUGCCUGUAGCAUGGAAUGCCAGAAUGGCUGUACAGGACCAAGAGCUGACCAGUGCAAGGACUGUAAACACUUUAGGAGUAGUACCAGCAAUGUAAGUACACGCUCAUUAUUAAAGCUCUGUUGGACGUAAACUGUCUUCACAGAACUUCCAGAAAAUUUUAGUCUUUUUAUAGUGAAUGUGGGCUCACAAAUUCUAUUUGAUUUGCGCACUUCUUGGGGUCAAUUAUCAGCUACUGUGCGGUAAAUAAAUGUGCGCUCUUCCCCCCAAAAACAGCGGGACUCGUGAAUUUGUUAUGAUAAUCAUAUAUUUCCACCAAUUAGCUCGUUGCCUGCCGAAAUCGAGUAGGCGGCAUGAACUAUUUUUUCCAGAGCAGAUUUCAGUAGCGGAUAUUAAGGUAUCGUAUUUUCCAGCGGUUUAAGCUUCAAAACCUGGCAGAUUUACAACAAAAAGCCUUGAGAAGCUGGUGAAUGGUGAGGAUAUUUUGUAAUUUAACCAACUGUAUUAGGAAAGUCACCUAUUUUCCAGUCUGCGUGGACAGUCUGCAAGUGACCAGCUUUUAAUAGAAAUAUAUUUUAUUUCAACUGUAGGAGUGUGUUGCUGGUUGCUCCAAGUCAGAGUAUCAAGAUGAUGCUGGAAAGCUUUGCAAACCAUGCAGUCACACAUGUGCAACUUGUCACGGACCCAGCACAUCAGACUGUCUCUCUUGUACUCCUCCACUAAUCCUGCACAAUGGAAGCUGUGUAAACUUUUGUCCUGAUGGCACAUUCACACAUGUGCAAGAUUCUGUCUUGAUCUGUGCAAAAUGUGACUUCACGUGUCUGACAUGUGCUGGCAAUGCAACUGCCUGCGCUUCAUGCACAUCAGAGUACAAGCAUGUCCCUGGUCGAUGUGUGAAGAAAUGUGGUGAAGGGAAGUAUGUCGACGCAGAAGGACUAUGCCACUCUUGUCACCCAUCCUGCAAAAAUUGCGAUGAAGGCAGUGCAAGUGCCUGCACAGAAUGUGCAGCCAAAGAUAACCAGAAGUUAUUUCUACACAAGGGUGAAUGCAAGGCUUCUUGUCCAAGUGGUUUCUUCGAAGAAGCAGCAAGUCAGGACUGUAAACCUUGUGAUUCAACCUGUGACAGUUGCACUGGUCCGUCCCCAUCGCAGUGCAUGUCCUGUAGUCAGGGGCUUUUCAGGAUAGGAGCUCCAACUGGCUCGUGCAAACCAACCUGUCCAGAGGGUAAGAAGUUUGAUGUACUUGAACUUGAAGAGUAGAUGUGUUUCAUACUGUACUCAUUUUUUGUAGAAAGUCGAUUAGCAUUUUAUCCCGUAGGGGUCUUCCAGUCUCUUGUACUUGACUGAAAGCGUUACAAAAUGUAUCAGUUGCUGGAAAGUUAGGGCUGUGGAAGUGAACACAACACAAGGAUUAUAGUUACGUCGAGACUUACAGAUUCUAGAUAUUUAAUCCAGUGAAGAAAAAAUGGAAUAGAUUUUAUUUAACACGAAGUGCUUACAAAGCGCGCUGUUGUGCAUCUACGACUGGAGAGAAGACCGCCAUCUCUAUGUGAUCAUUCAAAACAUGUGAAGCUCUGACCAACAGAAUCUUCCAGGGUUUUUUCAGCUUUUGACUAGGACCAGUUAGCGAAAAUCUGUUAACACGGCUGGAUAGAACGCCUUCAAACUAAGAAACUAGUAAAAAAAAUGCCAAGUUUGAAAGUGAUUUGUUGAAAAAAACGAAGAUGUAGCUCCUUUAAGUCGCAGAAUUGUACAGACGUUUGUAUGAUGGGGGCAAGUUCGUGCCCCCACCAUACAAACGUCUUUAAAAUUUCACGACUUUUUGGAGAAAUAUCUUCAUUCCCUUUGGACGUAUCACCCUUAAACUUGGUUAGCUUCCUAAUUUUAAGGCACUCUUUCCAGCGGUGUCGAUGGAUAUUCAUCAGAACGUGAAAAAAAAAACAAAAAAAAAAACGGAAGGGUCUGUUGCAGAGCGAAGGCAGUAUCCUCUUCCUUGAGUUUUGACCCAAGCAUAGGUCAUUUUGAGGUCAAACUUGGUCGAUGUUUUGGGGGACAAAUUUUAACCCGGUUUUCUGCACAACUUUAAAUAGAAGAAGCCAUAGCAACCCAAAAAAGUCCCAUAGUGCAAUUCGAAACAACACCCACCCAGUCUACGCUCAGCCUCGAAUUAAUCGGGUAACCAUGGUAACCUCCUACUCAUUAGACCAGCGCUGUGCCAAAUGAGCCAACCCUACCAUAAAACUAGACAGUGCAUCCUCAAUCAUACAUCACUGUUCUCUCUUCAGGCCAGUAUCCUGAAUCAUCUAAUGGCACAUGCACGCCUUGUCCAUCACUGUGCAAGAAAUGUAACCCUUCAGAUCCCAGUAAAUGCACCAGUUGUCCUAAAGGCGAGUUUCUUUAUGCACAUGGAUGUAUACCUGCUGAGCAAUGCCCAGUGGGCACGUAUGCAAACGGCACAACUGGGAAGUGUGAAACUUGCCCACUGGGAUGUUCAUCGUGUAGUCAGUCUUCUGACAUGAAGUGUCUGGCUUGUUCAGAAGGUUUUGUCUUGUACAAGUCUAAGUGUUUGAUACGAUGCCCUGAGGGUACCUUCCGCAAGCAUUCCAACAGGUUAGUGCGAGUAUUUGUAUUCUGUAUGGGAUGAGCAAGUCAUCCAUACUGUCCUUGAAGAAAAAUUGUUCGAGAUUAAGAUUAAGAAUCUUGAUAAGCAAAAUUUGUACUUGAUAAUUGGUCUAUAUUGGUUGGUGUACGUUCGGCAGAAGUGCUGCAAUGAGCAGCGUGAUGUCUUCAUGUGCUGUGUUAAAGCUAUUUUAGUAGCAAGUUCAAAUCUCGCGCGUAAACUAGCGGCGAUUUCAUGGCGACUUGUUGUUAUUGGCGAAUUUCUGCGCGAAAGUUGCCAACAACCUAUCUUUGUCUUCUUGUCGGUUACCUUUUGAUUUAAGACCCAUACACUACAGUUACCGCUGCGUAAAGAUUGGAAAAUUACACCAAAACCGCCACGAAAUCGCAGCAGAAAUGGCGUGAAACUUACCGGUGGACUGAAUAAAAUGACUUUUGAAAGUAGCGAGCCUGUCCCAGUUUCCUUUUGAUCUACUUAUUUUACCAUUAACAGUUGCGUGCCAUGUAGCCCAUCGUGCCAGACAUGCUAUGGUGAUAGAAGUGACCAGUGUCUCUCUUGCACUCUUCCAAAACAUCUCAUGGGCUCUACAUGUGUCUCUGAGUGCCCAAAGGGGAUGUUCCACAGCCAGGUGUCUCAUACUUGUGCAGCUUGUUAUGCAACUUGCGAAUCGUGCAGUGGACCAAACGACAACGACUGUCACUCUUGUAAAGGUACGUAACUACUAUUCCUUAUUACGAAAGGCUGAUCUUGGUUUUUUUUCUUCGGUUGCAAAUCUUCCGUUCGCCACUUAAGAGCUGAGGAGGAAACCGGGCCGAGUUAACUUUUGCAAAGACUUCUGGGACUGUUGCUAGGACAUGGAAAACUUGGCCAAUAGCUGAUCGGCGCGUCCAACGAUCCCAGAAACAAUUGCGGGAGAUAUCUAGGUUCCAGUUCCCUUCUCAUUACCGAAGUGGCGAAUUGACGUACAUGUACUUUGCUGUCGGACUACGAAAGAAAAAUCUAAUCAUGCGUGUGAUAGAUAUUCUGAAAAUAGUAAGGUUAACCAUGUUGUGUGUUGCUUGUUCUUUUUACCCCCCUGAGUAAUUCUCUUAAGAGUUUUCGUAAGUUUUACAACCAAAAUCGUAUUUUAAUUAGGGAAUUGUUCAUGCAUCGUUCCCUAGAAGUGUUUUUCACAGUUUCAUUUUGAAUGAUUUACUUUAUUUAUUCACGUGAACAGUACACUCUGCCAGAAGCUGACCAACCCUCAAGAGUCGAAUACUUUGUCAAUUCCAUCACAACAAGAACCUACCGUGAAAGAUCUAAUAGAUGCCCUCUCUCAAAUAAACGCCUCUCGUGUAAUAAUGCUACUACGCUGUCAAGUGUAUUAGACACCCCUAGUAAACGCCCCCUAUUUAAUAGACGCCCCCACCCCGAGACAGAUAAAGGCACAGUUUUCCGUGCUGAAUGAUCAGCCAACCCUUCCAGACCUCAAUUGUACGUAGUAAUUCCUUAUAGCGAAAGAAUAGUAAGAUUGUUGUUAUAAGGUGGAUGGGCUACAAUUUUUCCACCAUUUUAACUUAAACCAAAAUAUUCAUAAGUUAGUCUUUACAUACUCGGUACUUACCUGUUGUUCUUCUUUUAGCCGGCUGGUCUCUUGUUGGCGGCAAGUGUCAGUCAUCUUGUCCAAGUGGUAAUUUCAAUGGAAGUGAAGGUUGCCAGGCGUGUAAUCCGGUUUGCCUUGAAUGCAAUGGUCCAUCUCAAGAAGACUGUCUCAGUUGUAGCGACAUUAAAUUUCUUAACCUGCAGACAAACCAGUGCUCUUAUGAAUGCCCCGAAGGCUAUUUUGGAGAUUUGGACACCACCCAUUGCAAGCCGUGUCCCGCAGGUUGCAAGGAAUGCAAAAAUGGUGCAGAAUGUUUGUCCUGUGGACCAGGCCUAUUGCUUGUUGGUAAUUCCUGCCAAACUCAAUGUCCCACUGGUCACUUCCACAGCAAUGUAUCAGACUCUUGUGAACCGUGUGAUGGUAUGUGCAAGGAGUGUGUACGGUCUGCCAGCAACUGUAUCAAGUGCCGGGACCAUGAGGUGUUGAGUGAAGGGCAUUGUGUCAGCAUUUGCCCAGCUGGUUCAUUUCUAUUGUCAGACAAUAAUAACUGCAUGCCCUGUCAUCCGUCCUGUAAAACAUGCACAGGGCCUACCGACAAUGAUUGCACAGGCUGCAAUGCUGCUUCUGUUUUGACAAACUCAAGGUGCCUGGCAUCUUGUCCUUCCGACUACUUUUUUGAUAAAGAAGCGAGUCAAUGCCGACCAUGCGACUACUACUGUUCAUCUUGCGAAGGAGGUAAGCUUGUGAUAUAAUGUAAAUUGGAUGAAUAGGUGUAGUCAGUUGCAUCGACGAUGUUCUGAAUUGGUAGCUUACAUCCUUACGUCUAAAACAAUGUAGGUGUGAUGGAAAAAUGGGAUACCUUGCCGAAUUAUAAGUUUAAAAAAAUUAAUUUAAUCCCUUUCAUUGUAUACAAGUCGUUAUAGUCAGACACGAAAAGAGCAGCGCCGAAGGAUUAUUAUCGAACAGUUCAUAUAGAUGGAACAAGCAAAAUAGUUUUAUUACGUUUUAUAGACAUAAAUAAUUGAUAAAGGAAAACAUUGCCGUGAAGCAGGUCAGUAAGUGGGAUCCUGAUUUGGAUAGCUGGCCAAGUUCCUUUCCCAGCAAUCUCCCCUGUUAAUUAUGGACAUUCGGCCCUCCUCACAAGGAAACAGAGACCAAUCCAAACCAAAAUAGCUCUUAUGAAAGGUUAACGUUAGAAUAGAAAAUUCUGUUCGGCUACCAUAUGAUGGAACCUUUAUUCUGGGAACACCAGUGGGAACAGGACAAGUGUCCCCCGAAAUAGAGGUGUCCCUUCAAUAGUGGUAACUAAUACAAAUGUUGUAUAAACUGUUUGUUGUGGGAACAAAGUUUGUGUCCCUUUGAUGGAGGUGUCCCCUAUAAAGAGUUGUGCAAAAGGACAAGGCAAUGGGUGUUUCCUCGGAAAGGAAGGCCCCACCCAGUAGAUGCAACCUGUUUGCUUUUCUUUCCAACACUGCUGAUCAAACCAGUUUGCCUUUCUGAAUGUCUUUAUCUUUUUCUCCUUUCAGGCAAUGGUAUCAGAAAUUGCACCAAGUGUGUACCUCCGUUUGUGUUAUUUAAACACUAUUGUAUCCGAGAGUGUCCCAAGCAUGGGUGGGUAUUAGACAAGAAUAGUCAGAAGUGUAUAGAAUGCCAUGCGUCCUGCUCAAGAUGCAUUGGACCCACGGAAAAUGACUGCAUAGCGUGUAGUCGGCAUGACAUGAGCCUUGUUGGGUUUUCGUGUAAGAAAGAAUGCCCUCAUGGAACAUUUCCCAAUCGCUUGACAGGAGUUUGUGAGAGGUGCCAUCCAAGGUGUGAAACAUGCUCAGGACCUGGCGAAAUGCACUGCAAAACUUGUGCAAAAGACCUUUUUCAUAAUAAAAGGAAUGGAAGCUGUAGCUCACUUUGUCCACCAGGGCAGUUUUCAGUACAAGGGAAAUGUAGCAGUUGUCAUGCAACCUGCAGAACUUGCAAUGGUCCAGGUAGUUCUGACUGUCUGGACUGCCCUGAUGGUCAGGUGCUGCAAAAUUUUACUUGUGUCAACAGCUGUCCGGAUGGCACAUAUGUCACUGAAAAGGAUGGAAUCCAUCAAUGCCGGCAGUGUCAUCCAGUCUGUGACAUUUGCCAAGGACCAACCAUGAACAGCUGUAUCAAAUGCAAGAAACCGCUCUACAUUGAGGGCAGGUUGUGUGUCACGCAAUGUUCACGCGGUCAUUCCCUGGAUGAACACACAAGGACUUGUCUUCCUUGUGGAAGUGAGUGCAAGAAUAAAGCUGGAGCUCGGAAUCGUUCUGUUCAUGACCAAGAUAAUCAAGUCCUGAAAUAUGUACUUGAUGAUUCCCACAAGAACAGUUUUUCAUUAGUUGCUGUUGCAGUUGGGUCUGUUUCAGUAGUUGUUUUUCUUCUUAUUUUUGGAAUUCUCCAAUUCCGAACAAGGAAGAUUUUUAGAGGUAGAAGAGGUAUCAAGGCAACAAUCACGAAAAGUGAGGAUGAGGAGGAAUGCAGGACUUCUCUUAUAGAAGGUGAAGAAAACAGAGCUUAAACCCCUUUCGUCCUUAUAGUUGAUUUUUCGAGCUGCGGGUUUUUCAGUUAUUAUUGUUAUUAUUGAAUUUUACUUUUAUAUUAUGAAUAAUAUAGGGCAUAUAUAUUCAAUUUUAUCGAGAUAAGGUUCUUUUUAGAGCCUGAUAUUUAAUAAGUACUUCUGUAUAGUGUUAAUACACGUGCAAUGUACUUAAACGGGUCGUAUCGAUCUUGGCGUCGCAAAUAACUAUCUUCUCGAAGUUUAGCAUACCUGAAAAUUGGAAAGUUUGUCAUUCAGCCAUAAAUGUCUUCGGUAUAAGCUGUCGUAGAUCGUUUUUUAUCCAUGUUACGUAGCGGAAAUAACAGCCAUGUUGUGUUCACUCCAGGGGAAGCGUGGCUGUUACACUGACUGGGAAUACAUUAUGCCUUACCAUGUGCCUAUUGCAACGCAUUGCAACAAUAACGAUAGUAACACGUUUAUUCUAACCGUAACUAUCACUUUCUCAACGUUUUCUGGAACUAGCCUUGGCGUAAAUACGCAUAUUAAACGCUUAAACGUUGUUUUUCUUGCGCAAGAGUGCAUCAUGCCUUGCUUACACAUUGCUUGAAAAGCGAGACUUCAUACUUAAUAACAGUAAGUUCAGCUAUAAAUGUUACCCGUACUGAGCGUCUUCUUUAAAAGAAAAGAAAUUGCGCAUAUGUCUCUGAGAGAGAUGCGUUUCGUUGAAAUGACACUUUUACUCUAAACAUGUUUUCAUUGAAUAUGAAAGGCAACUUUACUGUUUCCAUUUUGAAGUACAAUAACACGUGAACUAUCAAGUCAUAUCUCUGCUACACAUCUAAAAUGUUAAUGCGAACACAAAAUUUUACUUACCAGUUAUAUCCUUCAACGUUUAACUGCAGCCCUAAUAGUGAUAGCAUCAACUUUCUCUUUGUAAUAUCAAUGCUUCAUAAAACAGUAGUAACAAGAAUUAAGAUCGUGAUUUGCUUGAUAUUGUAACAGCUUCUCCCCACUACAUCUAUAAGAAAUGUAUGGGGGCAUCAAGCGAGAAUUUAAAUUUUGAUACAAGGGUUUAAAGCUAAAAUCAGAGAAAUGCUCCGUGUGUAACAACUGUUAACGGUUAAAUUAUGCAGUAAGCUGAACUGUGAUGUCAGUAAAUUUUGCUGCUUCAAAAGUGAGUACCAGCCAAACCAACAAUUGUACAUCAUAAAUAUGUAUCAAUGAAAUGUUACAAUACGUGUACACUCUUUUUUUUUUUCAUAGGAACCUUUUUUAUAAGAACGUUCAGCCUGAAUGUUGCCUAAAUAUUAAGAACACGCUAAGAACACACCCGAGACUCAGAGAAGAACGAUUUAUUUUUCACUGCUUUUACUUUCGUAAAUCUAGAAAACCUGAAUUUAUCUUCUCUGGGUAAUGUCCUACAUGGAAUCAGAGUGCAUGUACAAUUUUGUUCUUUCAACACAUUCCUACUGUGUAUGGUCUAUAAUACAUGUACAUUGUACUUGUACAAUUCAUUGAUGUGAAAACUAUAAUCAUUGUCUUAUCUUGUCUACAUGUAGCUUAAAAGAUAAGAACGACGCGGGCUCAACUCGAAAAAUGGACGUUCUUAUAAAGAAAGAGUGUACCGAGAUGGAAUCCGGUUUCUUUGUAAAGUGUGUGAUUAUUUUUUGUAAUUUAUAUUUUCAAAAAUUAAUGUAAAACUAUACGCGAAGUAUUUCGUAGUUUAUUGACUUAAUAUAGAGCGGGGAUCUUUUUAAAAUUGAUAGGUGACUAAAUUGUUUGCUCUGCAACAAACAAGUCGACAAUACACUAUUAAUAAUAAGGUUAUAGAUAGAAUGAUUGCAAUAUUUACGACUAUAAUGCAAGUCGUGGAAAAUUUUAGAGAAAUAUGAAGGAGA